UCUCUCGCAAGAGAAGGCCCUUGUCGCAGUCUCUGUUUUGUUCUCUCGCAACCACGACUUGGAAAUGUUUUGAAGCAAAUUUUCACAGCUCACACCCGUUCUUCUCAUUCUCUUCGCCCGAUCGAUAACCCUAGUCGCUUUAAAUACACUGAAUUUCUCACUUUUCUCUUCCGUUUUUUCUCUUUACGGUUCUUAGAUCUAUGCCACUCCUCCUCCAGAUUCAGUUUGCAGGUCUAUCAUUGCAAGCCUACUGCCCGUUCUUGAUGGCGUCUGGUUGAAGUCAUGGGAGUUUACCUGUAGUUAGCAAUUGGAGUACUUUUUAUUGAAACAAAAAUGGGAACUGAAGAUUCUACUCGUCCGUACUUUCCUACAAGACCUUCUGCAACUCCUUUUGCCUCUGCUCCUCCGCCAAGGACGCCAUUUUCAUCUUAUGGCCCCAUGGUUGGAUCGGAUGCUACUGGUUUUAGACCUGCACCACCAGCUGCUCCUCAAACUGCAAUGUCUUUUGUUCCGGCAGCUCCAGUUGGACCUGUGUCCUCUGGUUUUAGACCUGCCCCACCUGCCAGGUUCAAUGAUCCGUCUGUGCCUUCUCCUCCAACAAUAUAUGCACCACCUGCUGCUGGUACUUUUCAACAUUUUCCAACACCACAAUUUCCAUCAACAGCUCAAGCGCCUCCAAUACGUGGACCACCUGUUGGUCCACCAUCAAUUCAAUCUUCUGCAAGUCAACUGUCAGCUCCGCAUGUUUCUUUCCAUCCACAGCAACAAGUAACUCCUGUGCCAAUGGGAUCUCCACCAUUGCCUGGAUACCCAAGCAAGCAGUCUAAUUUGCCAUCACAAGCUCCAAUGCAGUCCCCUGUCCUUGCCGUACAAGGAAAUUAUGUACCUCCUCCACCAACAUCUUCCCCCUUUCCUCCGCCCCAAGGAGGCUUUGUUUCACCUGCUAUGCAACAUGCUGCCUACGCACCUCCUGUCAACAGCAUCCAGAGCUUGGCAGAAGAUUUCAGUUCACUCUCUGUUGGAUCCAUUCCUGGAUCAAUGGAACCGGCACUUGAUCCUAAGGCACUACCAAGGCCAUUAGAUGGUGAUGUGGAGCCAAAAUCAUUUGCUCAGAUGUACCCUAUGAAUUGCGAUUCCAGGUUUCUACGCCUUACUACUGCUGCUAUACCAAAUUCUCAGUCAUUGAUCUCAAGGUGGCACUUGCCUCUAGGAGCAGUUGUUUGUCCUCUUGCUGAAGAUCCAGAAGGGGAUGAAGUCCCAGUUCUUAAUUUUGCUUCCACUGGGAUUAUCCGUUGUAGAAGGUGUCGUACAUACGUGAACCCUUAUGUGACUUUUACAGACUCUGGAAGAAAGUGGCGUUGCAACAUCUGUUCUUUAUUAAAUGAUGUUCCUGGAGACUAUUUUGCCCAUUUGGAUGCUAAUGGCAGAAGAAUGGAUUUAGAUCAGCGACCUGAGCUUACAAAGGGUAGUGUGGAAUUUAUUGCUCCAACAGAAUAUAUGGUGCGGCCUCCAAUGCCGCCACUAUAUUUUUUCCUCAUUGACGUCUCAAUAUCUGCUAUUAGAAGUGGUAUGGUUGAGGUUGUUGCUCAAACCAUCCGGUCAUGUUUGGAUGAGUUGCCUGGCUUCCCGAGGACACAGAUUGGGUUUAUUACUUAUGAUAGCACGAUACAUUUCUAUAAUAUGAAGUCAUCUUUGACACAGCCUCAAAUGAUGGUGGUUUCGGAUCUCGAUGACAUAUUUGUUCCAUUGCCAGAUGAUCUCCUCGUCAACUUGUCUGAAUCAAGAAGUGUAGUGGAAACCUUCUUAGAGACCUUGCCCACCAUGUUCCAGGAUAAUAUGAAUGUGGAAUCUGCUUUUGGUCCAGCUCUUAAAGCAGCUUUCAUGGUUAUGAGUCAACUUGGAGGGAAAUUACUAAUUUUUCAGAAUACUUUGCCAUCUCUUGGUGUUGGUCGCUUGAAGCUGAGAGGAGAUGAUCUUCGCAUUUAUGGAACAGACAAGGAGCACACUUUAAGAGUGCCAGAAGAUCCCUUCUAUAAGCAGAUGGCUGCCGAUUUUACUAAGUUGCAGAUUGGGGUGAAUUUUUAUGCAUUCAGUGAUAAGUACACUGAUAUUGCCUCCAUUGGAACUCUUGCAAAAUAUACUGGAGGUCAGGUGUUCCACUACCCAGGUUUCCAAUCAAUCGUCCAUGGAGAGAAGUUGAGGCAUGAGUUAGCGAGAGACCUUACUAGGGAAACUGCCUGGGAAGCUGUAAUGCGGAUAAGAUGUGGAAAAGGGAUCCGGUUUACAUCUUAUCAUGGGAACUUUAUGUUAAGAUCUACAGAUUUGUUAGCACUUCCAGCUGUGGAUUGUGAUAAAGCAUAUGCAAUGCAGCUAUCUCUUGAGGAGACUUUACUGACAACUCAAACCGUAUACUUCCAAGUUGCUCUACUUUACACUGCAUCCUGUGGAGAGAGGCGUAUCAGAGUACAUACAGCAGCAGCUCCAGUAGUGUCAGAUCUUGGGGAGAUGUACCGCCAAGCUGAUACUGGUGCCAUUAUUUCUCUAUUUGCCAGGCUUGCAAUUGAGAAGACCUUAUCAAGUAAGCUGGAGGAUGCACGAAACUCACUGCAAAUAAGAAUUGUUAAAGCUCUCAGAGAAUACCGUAACCUCUAUGCUGUACAGCAUCGGUUAGGGGCUAGGAUGAUAUUCCCUGAGUCUUUAAAGUUCUUAGCUGCAUAUGGAUUGGCACUUUGUAAAUCAACACCUCUUCGAGGAGGAUAUGCUGAGGCUCAGCUUGAUGAACGCUGUGCAGCAGGUUACACCAUGAUGGCAUUACCAGUUAAAAAACUGUUGAAGCUUUUAUAUCCUAGUUUGAUUCGAGUUGAUGAGUAUCUCCUAAAGCCAUCUGGUAAAGAUAAUGACUUCAAAGGGAACUUAAAAAGGUUACCACUGAGUGCAGACAGCUUGGAUUCCAGAGGUCUUUAUAUAUAUGACGAUGGUUUUCGCUUUAUUAUAUGGUUUGGUAGAACACUGCCACCGGGUAUAUCUGAGAGUCUUCUUGGGGCAGACUUUGCAGCAGAACUAUCACGGGUUAUCCUUAGAGAGCAUGAAAACGAAAUGUCAAGAAAGUUGAUGGGGAUCCUGAAGAAAAUUAGGGAGAGUGACCCUUCGUAUUAUCAGCUGACGUACCUUGUACGGCAAGGUGAGCAACCUCGAGAAGGGUUGCUUCUUCUCACAAACCUUGUUGAGGAUCAGUUUGGUGGUGUCAGUGGUUAUGUUGAUUGGAUUAUGCAAAUACACAGACAAGUCCAGCAAAAUGCAUAGGAAGUACAGGUUGUUUCUCAUUUGCUUGUGUUGUUGCCCAUCUGUAAAGUGACCAAAUGCAUUGUCCAACAUCAACUAAAUAAUAAUGUUAAAUCGAUUUCAUGGGCUGAAUAGAAAAGUCAAAGCCGAGCUUGUCGUACUUGAUUACCCUUUUGGGUUGGGUGGCUAAGUUGGAUGACAUUUAUAAGGAGAUAGAGUUACAAAAGAAUGUUGGUUGUUGAAGAUUCAAUAAGUAGGGGUGUAUUUCUAGCAAAUACGAUUUCAUCGGUGAGUUCCAUGGUCAUAGAUUCCUGCCAAAAGGCGAGACUAUUAAAGUUUUUGUAUGUGAUAGAUUUUAUCUUUAGCAAAAAUUUCUGCCAAGUUCUGUUAUGUUUUUCUUCUAUUUUUAAACGUUGAAAGGCAUUUGCUUUGUGUUGCUGAGAGGUGAGACAGAUCGCAUAUGAGAUUGAUUCAUGUUUCAUGGCA